AUGGGCGCGGGAGCCAUUGCCGAGGGUGGGGAUGCUGCAGGCGUGCAAGCCCCCCUGAAGCUUGUGGGCUACGACAAAUUCAAGCGCCACAACCCCAAGAGUGAUCGGUUCAAGGUCCACCGGUUCCACCACAUCGAAUUCUGGUGUGCCGACGCGACGAACACUUACAAGCG